AUGGACCCAGUUCAAGACCGAGAUGGACUUGCACUCGAAGACCUCUCCGACAACAUCGACAAAGUCAACGUCCUGAAAGACCAAAUGAAGACAGAAAAAACCCCGAACCUCGAUACCGAGAAGGAUAAAUCCAAGUUCAGACAGUACGAGGAUGCUUGUGAUCGAGUAAAGGAUUUCUACAGAGAACAGCACGAAAAACAAACAGUAGCCUACAACUUGAAGGCUCGCAAUGAUUUCAAGUCGAAGACUCGAGCUGAAAUGACAAUUUGGGAAGCUAUGGAGAAACUCAACACUCUCAUUGAUGAGUCGGAUCCUGAUACUUCGCUGUCUCAGAUUGAACAUCUGCUUCAGUCUGCUGAGGCUAUUCGAAGAGAUGGAAAGCCGAGAUGGAUGCAGCUGACGGGUCUAAUUCAUGACUUGGGAAAAUUGCUAUUCUUUUAUGGUGCAGAGGGACAGUGGGAUGUUGUUGGUGAUACAUUUCCUGUUGGAUGUGCUUUUGAUAAACGCAUCAUCUACCCAGACACAUUCAAAGGCAAUCCAGAUCACGAUCAUAAGAUCUACGGUACCAAAAACGGCAUCUAUACCCCUGGAUGUGGAAUGGACAACAUCAUGCUCUCCUGGGGACACGACGAAUAUCUCUAUCACAUCGUCAAAGACCAGUCCACCCUUCCUGCAGAAGCACUUGCCAUGAUUCGGUAUCACUCAUUUUAUCCUUGGCAUUCAGCGGGAGCGUAUAUGGAGUUCAUGGAUGAGCAUGACGCUGCUAUGUUGGAGGCUGUGAGAGCCUUUAAUCCUUAUGAUUUGUAUAGUAAGAGUGAUGAGGUGCCUAGUGUGAAGAAGUUGAAGCCAUAUUAUCUCGAGCUCAUCGACGAGUUCUUUCCACAGAAGGUCAUCAAGUGGUAG